AUGGAUAACAGAGGGAAGCAGCCAUCCGCCUGGGAUGCUUACGAGUCGGGGAACCGCCCAUCCAUGGAUUCAGACACAGAGAGCCACAUACAAUGGGACGAGCUCUCGAGACGACCGAGCGGGGAGAGCAAUGCCGGCACGGGCAGGUGGACCGGCACAGUUGGCGAACUGCGCAGGCGGAGGUCUUCAGUAGGACAGCAAUUCAGCGCAUUGGGCGAAGUCGGAGGCGUCAACAGCAUCAACAACUUUGCGCGAUCGUGGCAGCGUGCAGCAGGCUUCUUUGAGAUCACCCCCGUGCGACCCUCGUUCCGUCUCGAAGACGAAGACGGCGACGACACCGAAGAGUCCGACUUCACACGCAGCGGGCUUCCGACGCCAGUACCAGACCAACGGUCGGCCCUGCGACAGGCGCUGCAAGAAGGAGGACGCCGUGCAUCCGAUAAUGCCAUAACGGACGAGGAGAAUGGCGCCACGGAGCGGACCCAGCUGUUGCCCAACACCGUCGAGCAGCGCUUGAGAGGAAGAGGGUCGAGCAUAUUCCAGAUUGAGCCUUCGCUAUCCUCACCUUUUGGGGCCAGCUACGGCACGGGAUACGGCAGUCUGAGUUCGCGCGUCAACGAGUCGUCCAUGCGCCAUGCUGGCCGACUCUUCACAGAGCAGCAAAUGAAGGGCGUUGCAGAGCCAGAACAAGAACGAGAGCCACUGCUGGUCAAGCAAGUCGAAGAAGACGGACAUAUCAUCAACGUAGUCGUCGGUCAAUCUACCCUGCCACAGACGAUAUUCAACUCGGUCAACGUCUUGGUCGGUGUUGGACUGCUUACCUUGCCACUUGCGCUGAAGUACUCUGGAUGGCUGAUAGGCAUGCUUUUCCUGGCGUGGUCCGCCGUAGUCACUGGUUAUACUGCAAAGCUGCUUGCCAAAUGUCUCGAUGUUGAUGGUUCACUCAUCACCUUCGCUGACCUUGCAUAUGUCUCCUUUGGAACCAAAGCACGAGUGGCUACUAGUAUUCUUUUCUCCCUAGAGCUACUUGCAGCAUGCGUUGCAUUAGUCGUGCUUUUCGCCGACAGCAUGGAUGCUCUCAUUCCCGGUUGGGACGUUUUCCAGUGGAAGAUCGUCUGUGGGUUGAUCUUGAUACCACUGAGCUUCUUGCCCCUGCGCUUCUUGUCCUUCACAUCCAUCUUAGGUGUCAUGUCUUGCUUCGGAAUCACACUCGCUAUCUGGAUCGAUGGCCUUGCAAAGCCCGACGCUCCCGGCUCAAUCCGUCAACCCAUGACACAGUACCUGUUCCCUGACAACUGGCUUACCGUACCGCUCUCUAUCGGCCUGCUCAUGUCUCCCUGGGGUGGCCACUCUGUCUUCCCAAACAUCUACCGUGACAUGCGACACCCAUACAAGUACAGGAAGGCAGUCAACGUAACCUAUAUUUUCACCUACCUCAUCGAUGUCGGUAUGGCCUGCGCAGGUAUCCUCAUGUUUGGAGACGGUGUGAGGGAGGAAGUCACGAGCAACAUCUUUCUUACCCCUGGAUUUCCACCAGGCAUAUCGGUCUUUAUCGCCAUCUGUAUCGCCAUCAUUCCAUUAACCAAGAUCCCACUCAACGCAAGACCUAUCGUCAGCACGCUGGAGGUUCUCUUCGGUCUGGAUACGCGCUCUCUCGCCAUGUCCUCGUCCAUUGAUGGCAUGAGUGGCCUUACACGAGGAGCGCUGAAGAUCACCCUACGCAUUGUCACCAUCCUUGUAUUCGUUAUCAUCGCCAUCGUUUUCCCUUCGUUCGAUCGCAUCAUGACCCUUCUCGGCAGUGUCGCCUGCUUCAGCAUUUGUAUCAUCCUCCCGUUGGCGUUCCACUUGAAGUUGUUUGGAAAAGAGAUAUCGAGCGGAGAGAAGACGAUGAACUGGGUGUUGAUUGUCGUCAGCACUCUCAUGGCCAUUGUCAGUACUGUUUUUGCAUGCCUCCCCAAGGAAAUGAUUGGGGCUUAG